ACCACCUGCCAACCCACCUUAGGUAGCCCUCAACACCACCACCACCACCACCACCUCCUCCUCCUCCUCCUCCUCCUCUACCACGAUCCGGACAACCCUCCACCACGACCAAAACGCAAGCAUGGCGCGCACAUCCACAGCUCCCGCCCCCGCCGCCCCCGCGCCCACAGACCCAACUCUCACAAGCCUAACACGGCUCCUCGCGCGGCUAUCGCAAACGCUGCUCUCAUCCUCCGCGCCACCCACCCUGCGCAGCUCAAGCGACACGCGCACGCGCGUCGGCGCAAACCUCGAGCACGCGCGCAACCUCCUCCUCCGCCUCGAGCACGACGCCGCGGCCAUAAAGAUCCAGUCGCGCAAGCAGGCCCUCCAGGCUGACCUCGCGGCCAAGCGCGACACCAUUAAGCUGCUGAACCAGCGCCUGUAUGAGCUGAAUCAGGUGGGGGACACGGAGACGGAUACGGAUGAGGACGAGGAGGACGAAAGGUCAGCCGGCCGUGACGCCAGCGAUAGUAGCGACGAUGACGACGACGAAAACGCCCCCAGUUAUGCGCCCGCGCUGCGCGACACCUCGGACACGCUGGACCGCGAGCACCGCGAGCCGAGCAACAACACGGCAUUGCACGCAGCAGCGGAGAACGUGGCGAGCGCGCUGCGGGCGCGGCGACCACAACAAGGCACCUCGUCCUCCUCCUCCUCCCCCUCCUCCAACAACGACAAAAACACCACCCAAGCCAAAGCAACCGGCGCGCACAACCCGCACCUCCGCGCCCACGAAACACACAUGACGCACCAGCGCAGCGAGCAAGAGACGCUCACAACCUCACUGCUCGACAUGGCGCAAGCGCUCAAGCAGUCGUCGAUGCGCUUCAGCGCGUCGCUGGACGCCGAAAAGGACGUGCUGAACCGCGCGGGCAAGGGCUUGGAUCGCAGCGCCGAGGGCAUGGACAGCGCUGGCAAGCGCAUGGGCACGCUGCGCCGCAUGACCGAGGGCAAGGGCUGGUGGGGCCGCGUCAUCAUGUACGCCUGGAUUGGGGGCUUGUGGAUCCUGGUGCUUGUUAUCAUGUUUGUGUUGCCUAAGCUGCGGUUUUGAGGGGGGAAUGAGAGAGUGUGUGAGAGUGUGUGAGAGUGUGAGAGAGAUGAGAGAUGAGUGCUUCUUUUUAUUCAUUAGGUGCUUGCUGCCUGUAUCGCUUUAGUUACAGCCAGUCUGAGAGUAGUAAGGCAGUGCUCGCGAGCCAGAGCCGUGCGUAGUAGGUAGGUAGAGCGCCAAGCGGGCCUGCAAGGAAGUCGUCAAGCCAACCCUACCUACUACCGCCCCAGCCGUGCCCAACACCACCACUCCCGCUGCCCCAGCCAAAGCCAC